UUAGCUUUGUCUCCACAGGUGAGAUAAUUCUCAAGAUGGCGUCUUGUGUUCAAACAAUAAAUUCUUGUCAGAUCUUCAAAAUGACGUAGACACAAUGACCGUUGUGACAUCAUGAGGUUAACCUUUGCACUGACCUGUCUUCUGUUGCUAUGGCAACCAGAAUUCUCAUUACAGCAGAGGACCAGAAAUUAUCAGCUGGAAGAUUAUUGCUUUCUUCCUCCCGAGUCGAUCAGCCUGGAUGAGAUAGUUAUCAUCAAAGCCGGGGGGACGGUCAGCCCUAAGCCCAUCGGUAACCAGUGUAAGAUCACCGUUCUGACCGAGAACAAGUAUGACCUGCAGGUCAGCAUCCGCAUCAUCAACUUCAGAUCCUGUGCCGUCACCCUCACUCUGUACGCCACUACUAACUAUAUAUACACUUGUGACAAUUACCCACAAUCCUCUGCCACAAUGAAGAUCAGCGGGACACAGGUGAUUGUGGAUCUCAAGAAGACAGAUCCCACGACCAUGCAGUACUCGUUUGAGAUAUCCAUCACUCCUAUCAAAAAGCCUUUCUCGCCAGAUACAACAGAAACACAACCUGUUGCGGCUGGACUUAUCAUAGGAGUCGUGUGUGGAGUUUUCUUCUUUAUCGUGGUUGGGGCAAUUUUCAUUGCUUGCUGCUACAGGAGAGCCCAGAGAAUGAAGCGGCUUGCUAUGUACAACAGCUCAAACUCCAAAGUGCCACUGGAACAACUGGAGGGACAAACAGCGGCCAAUAACUACGAGUACUCGCCCCGCGCCAAGACGAAACUUCUUCCUGAGCGGCAGGUUUCGGUGGAUGAGAGCAGGGAAGGUGGGGGAGGGAGGAGACCUCAGACUCUAGAUCUAAAGGCACGGAGUCAGACUUCGAGGAGUGAUGUCACGGAUUCCAGUGCAUCAAGUCGCCCGAAUAACAACGUGGCGUAUGAACAUGAGGACGAGGAUCCCUACGAUGUAAUGGACGGUGACCCCAAACCACCGAAGUCUCCGUUUCUUAGUGCAUUACAGAACAAUGUCAAGUUCCAGAAGUCCAGGCAAGACAAUGAGAGAGCUGCAGAGGACAGGCGAAAUCGAUUGUCUGGGUCCUCCUUUGGGAACAGGACGCCUGGAGAAUCCAACUCCUCCAUAGACAGCCGCGACAGAGUGCCUGCCGAAAAGAAGCUUGAGAAACCUUUGCCGACCAUGCCAGACAACAGACAUCUGACUCUGGCAGAGAAGCGAAAAAAGAUGGAGAGCUUUCGAAGGGCUACACGUCCAGAAUCGUUUACAUCAGACGAGCUAGAUGGAAGUGGAGAAGACAAUUUAAACAAAAGUCAGGGGACUAGCGGUAGCGAUAGUCGGUCCUCAAAAGAGGCAGCCCCUGCACCAGGGAAAGCAAACACUCAGCACACGCUGCGACCAAACAGAGGGCAAGAGAAAACUAAAACCACCUCUAAAGAUAAAAAGGUCAAAGGUCAGAGAGAUAAUGAUGUGGAGAGGGCACCUGAUAGUCCAAGAUCGACACGCGACACGAGUCAGUUUCAAAAAUUGGAGGAUGGACUGAGAGGAAGUAAACGCUCAAAUAAAUCACCUAAAAUGGCAGCUAAAGGCUUUGGACAUCGGAGGAACCGCAGCACCGACUCGAGACCUAACACACCUGUCAGCAUGAUGCGUGAUGAUGAUGAGGAAUCGGUCAGACCUUUACAAAGGACAACAUCAAGACAGUCUCUGUAUGCCUCACGGUCAUCUCUGUAUAGCCGCAGACGGCGAAAAGGAUCUUUCACAGAGUCCGUUGUGUCUGGGUCCACCUUUGCCCAUGACGACAUUGACUACUACCGAAGGUCAAGAGGUCAUGCGGACUACGAUGAUGAUGGAUAUGUUGAACCGAUUUCUAGACACGAGAAUGACAGGAUGUUUAAGUCCUUAGGAGACCUAAGUGGGAGAAGGGCGGAUAAAGCAACAAGAGCGACUCAGACAUUGAGAGAAACAGCAACACAGACAGGACAGGACGAAUCAGUUGUGAUGCACUCCAAGAGAGUGGUGCAAAGAAAGCGCCGCUCCAAAAGUCUGUCUGCCACUGGGACCCAAACAACCAACAAAAAAGGCCGUAGCCGCAGUAAAUCUCGCACUAUAGGUGAUGAUUCUGACACCGGUGACGAACUAAAAAAUGAGAAGCGCGAGAAGUCCAAGAGCCGGGAGUCAGUCAAAGAUAUGUCAGAAAAACCAAAGCCCAAACCAAAACCAAAGCCAAGGAAAUCCCAGUCAGCAGUGCAGUCUGAAAGUGAGGCUCCAGUCAAAUCACAGAGAAAGAAGUCAAAAUCUCAUGAUAAGUCAGAGAAACCAAAAGCAUCAGAGGCUGUUGGAGCCACAGAGAUGCCACAAGAUGUGCCGACCCAACCUCCUCCUGGUACAAUGAUGUAUGCAAUGGGACCAGAUGGUCAACCUUACUUAGUACCCUAUGGUCUCCCACCAUCGUAUUCAACACUACCUCACCAGCAGCCACAGGUAGGGAUGGUGUCUACCCAGGCUCCCUACCUGGUCAAUGGACAGGGUCAGUUUACUGUGGCACCCCCUCAGCAGGCGGUGACUACGGCGGGACAGAUCCCUGUUCAAGGAAUUGUCCAGGCUCCAACUGUUCCUGCGAAACCUCGCAAGUCAAACUGGGAGAUGCUUUGCGAGCUGACAGAGAAGCAGAAGGAUGGAGAGGCGGCUCUAGAAACAGGGUCUGUAGCUAGCUCCGUGUUUACAAACAAUAUCCCCACACACCAGGUGGUGUAUCCUGGGGGUGGGGUUUAUCCCCAAAAUGGGCAGCAGCAGGCACCUGCCAUAGUCAUGAUUCCACCCAAUCAGAGUCACCCUGCACAUCCAUUUGUGACCCCCUCUGGUGCCCCUUACCCUUCAGGGAUGCCCCUCUCAGUUAAUCUCCCCUCCAUGGGCCCCACACCAGCAGCCCAUCCUAGUCCAUCUGUAGGCAGUGACCUAUCCCACAAUUCAUCAUGGGACGUGUUGACAAGACUGACCGAGCAGCAGAAUCGCCUUCAACAAAUUCAAAAUGGUGGAGCAGAAAACGAGAGUGUCGUAUAAUGGCAGCCAUAAGAAUUAUAAAUCUUCAUAUUCCAAUAUCAUUCAUCCUUGCACUGCAAAAAUGCAUAGACUCUUAGUUUAUUAAGCUGGUUGGAUGAUUUUUUCAAGCAUGAGAGAAUCCUUGUGUUUGUGUUUUUGUCUGUUUUGGUUGUACGGCAUUUUAUAUAUGUUGUAUAUAGUAGAUAAUCUUGUACAUACAUGUAUAUUCUUCAAUCAUUCACUGAUCUGUACAUUGAUUCGGUUGUUUAUCUGUUUGACGUACGUACUUUACUGAAGCCCAAGAUGGCAUAUUUUACACAUUCCUGGCAUUCCUAGUGCAAACAUUUUAUUUUUAAAAUUACAGGGUUGUUUUAUUCCAUCGUCUCAAGCCACAGGUUUUGUGUCCAUACAAUUUCCAGAAUGGACACAAAACCAUUGGUUUGAGACGAUGGUUUCAUUCCAUCUUUACAGUUUUAUCACAUGGAGCGGUAGUAAUGUACCUUAAAGUACAUGUACAAGGUAAAUAGUAUUGCUGAUUCAUGGAGCUGUUAAUACCUUUAUGUAUGCUUUCCAAAAUUACUAGUACAAUGUACCGGUAGUUCAAAGUUCGACUGAACAAUGAUGUUAUAGUUAUCUAACUUGCUUUAUGAUUUUUGCCAAGUUCAUUUUGAUUUUGUCAAAUAUGAUAGAUAUCAUAUUUGUGUCAUUUAAAUAUGCAAUGUUUGCAUAGCAUCAGAUCAUCGUAUACAAAAUACAUUGGUUUUAAUGUUUCAUUUUCUUUAAAAAAUAUUGCAAAAUGAAUGUUUUACAGUAGUUUUGAGUAUAAGGUUUCUGUAACAAGUUUUUAUAUCUAACUUUUCUUUUUCUAUACAUGAAUAUCAUUUGACAUUUGAAAUGAAAUUUUAAUGAAUUAUUUUUAAGUAGAGGAGGGUGGGGUCAUAAAUUUUAGAUGCAAGUUUGCUCAUUAGGGAAAAAUCUGCAAAUAUUUUGCAUUUUAAUCUUCUUAAUCAGUUAUUUAUACUUUUAUGUAGCAAGGGUUCCAUGAAUUUUUGAUGCAAGUAUUUUUUUUUUCCUGUAGGAAGCAAGUAUGAGUAUUUUGCUUUUUAUCUUGAAUUAUUUAUACUUUUAUUUGACAUGCGUGCUUGUAGAUUUAUUACAAAGUUUUCAGCUAUACUAUAUGUUUACUGUAAGUGCUAUCGCCUGGCAAUGCCAUACACAUGUGAAACCUGUACGUGUCAAGUGACAUUGAAGUGUGUUUGAAUCGUUUUCUUUCAUGGAUAAUUGAAGAGUGUUUGAAAGGUUUUCUUUAACUUCAAAUAUUAGACACAAAUUUCUGCAUGGAAUUUUGUAUUAAGGCUUUAUAUUAACUUUUAGUUUGGUGUAAUUCCAUGUACUUAUAGAGGGCUGGGUAUCCAUGGGUUUAACAGGUGUACUUAAGAUGUAAUGGGGGUAAUGGGGAUUAUGAUAUUUUUCAUUAGUAAAAGUAGUUUCAACUGUUCUUAUAUGUCAGCAAUUCUUCAACAUUAGAGAAAUGCACAUGAUAUCAUAUUUUUUUUACGUCUUAUAAUUCAAGACAACAUUUGGAUAAAAUUUGAAUUGUUAAAUGUACAUUAAUUCAUAAAUUUUCAUCAGAUGAAAAAAUAAUCCCUGCAUUAAGGACAUUAUAUACAUGACAUUGAUAUCCAAUGCAUUCACAUGUAUUGUUGUCAUCUAUCUAGGAUCUAUAAAAGGUCUUUAAUCUGUGGGUACAUUCUGGUUUGUUCAUAUAUAUAUAGUUUCCAUCUAUAUAUUAUGAUCCUGACACAUAUUUUACCGGUAUACAUUUGCAAGAUGCAGGACCAUCUAGUGAACAAGAUAUACAUAGUGUAUGAUUGUAGAUACACUUUAAUUGAAUUUUUUUUUCAUGUGUAUUGUUUUGGGUUUUAUUUAAUAAAUACAUGUAGGUGUAUAGUACCACAAUACACAAAUGUCCACAUAUAGUCAUAAACUCAAAGUGAUUUCAACUACACUAAUUCUUAUAUACCAAUUAUCUUCUAUCAUUCCAUAUCAUACAUGUUUAUUUGUCAGUUUGUUUUAGAUUUGUAUUAGCAAUUUAAAUACAUGUACCAAAUUUUUGCUUAUUGAUGCCACAUAGAUAUCAGAAUGUAUGAGUUACAUAAUUUUUAAAUUAAUUUUUUUUUUUUAAAUUCCUAAUUGUUGAAAACUAAUUGUGAUUGUGCCAUACCUGUAGAAAAUAUGUGGCUUUAAGCUAUUAAUUUGAAAAUAGAAAAAAAAUAUUUAAAGUCUAACUUCAAUAAUGUUUGUUUCGAGAAUAUUUAAGUGCAUCCUAGUUUUAAUUCAACAUUUUGGCAUUGUUUUAAAAUAUGCUAAUAUGGGUCUCGAUUUAUUUAUAGAUAAGCUGCCAAAUUUUUUUUUUAAAGUACUAUUAGAGCUGUAUUUUAUUAGUACAUGUAUGUACAUUAAAAAAUUAUAGCUUUCAGUGCUUCCUGUUUUUCUUAAUAUUUAAAUUAAUUUAAUUCCAAAUGAUUGCAACUGAAUGUAUUAUAUGUUGGGAAAGAAACCCAGCUUGAUUUGUACUUGUUGUACAUACCGGUAGUACAUAUAUUGUUAUGAUUAGGCUCUGUAUGCUGGGCUUCAGUUAUCAUUCAAUUCCUGCAUCAUUUAACUGUACAAGGGGUAACUAGUAUCCCUUUUCAUAAAGAUUUCCUUGUGUAAACAUAAAUAAUUUCAUUUCAAACCUUUCCUUUCACUUGCUUUCAUCAAAUAUGCUGAAUAGAUGUUUAUAAAUGCAUGCCUCUGUAAAUUGUAAAUGUUGACUGGUUUUUUUUUUUUAAUUUUACUUUAUUGGUUUAAUUUGAUUUUUUUUUUAAAAAUGUGCAAUGGUUAGUGAUGCAUUCCAUGAUUUCUUUUGAUCAUUUUAAACUUGAUACAUUAUUAUUAUUUUAUAAAUUCACAUAUCAGAUUUCAACAAAAUAUUUGUAUUGUAUCAUUAUCUGAAUGUUCUAUGUUUUUGAACAAUAAAAUUGUAAAAU